CGCAGCGUGUGCGCUCAAACUCGCGGCUGUGACACGCGACCCGCACCGGGCGACGCCCGGGGGCCGGCGGGGAGGCGCGCGCGGAGCCGACGCGGGAAGACAGGCGAACUGGCGGGCCUGACGCGCGGCCGCGCUGGCUCUCUCGCUCGGGGGCCCGAGUCGUGUGUAGCUGCUCCCCUGGCCUCCCAAGGGCAGCGGGCCCCGCCGCCGCCAAACGAUGGCGAGGCUGCGGGAUUGCCUGCCCCGCCUGGUGGUCACGAUCCGGUCCCUGCUCUUCUGGUCCCUGAUCUACUGCUACUGCGGACUCUGCGCCUCCAUCCACCUGCUCAAACUUUUGUGGAGUAUCGGCAAGGGACCCACGCAGACCUUCCGGCGGGUCGCCCGGGAGCACCCUCCCGCGUGCCUGAACGACUCCUCCUUGGGCACUCACUGCUACGUGAGGAUCAAGGAUUCGGGGUUAAGAUUUCAUUAUGUCGCUGCUGGAGAAAGAGGCAAACCACUUAUGCUGCUGCUUCAUGGAUUUCCAGAAUUCUGGUAUUCUUGGCGUCACCAACUGAGGGAAUUUAAAAGUGAAUACCGAGUUGUAGCCCUGGAUUUGAGAGGCUAUGGAGAAACAGAUGCUCCCAUUCAUCAAGAGAAUUAUAAAUUGGACUGUCUAAUUACAGACAUAAAGGAUAUUUUGGACUCUUUAGGGUAUAGCAAAUGUGUUCUUAUUGGCCAUGACUGGGGGGGCAUGAUUGCUUGGCUAAUUGCCAUCUGUUAUCCAGAAAUGGUGAUGAAGCUUAUUGUUAUUAACUUUCCUCAUCCAAAUGUAUUUACAGAAUAUAUUUUACGACACCCUGCCCAAUGGUUCAAAUCCAGCCAUUAUUACUUCUUCCAAAUACCAUGGUUCCCAGAAUUUAUGUUCUCAAUUAAUGAUUUCAAGGCUUUAAAACAUCUCUUUACCAGUCACAGCACUGGCAUUGGAAGAAAAGGAUGUCGAUUAACAGCAGAAGAUCUUGAAGCUCACAUUUAUGUCUUUUCUCAGCCAGGAGCAUUAAGUGGUCCAAUUAACCAUUACCGAAAUAUCUUCAGCUGCCUGCCUCUAAAACAUCACGUGGUGACCACUCCAACACUACUACUAUGGGGAGAGAGAGAUGCAUUUAUGGAGGUUGAGAUGGCUGAAGUCACAAAGAUUUAUGUUAAAAACUAUUUCAGGCUAACUAUUUUGUCAGAAGCCAGCCAUUGGCUUCAACAAGACCAACCUGACAUAGUGAACAAGUUGAUAUGGACAUUUCUAAAAGAAGAAAAAAGGAGAAAAGAUUGACUUUUGUAUAUCUUCUGUGAGGGGUCUGUAAUAAAUCUCUAAAAUUUUAAAAAUUGUACAUCAACUUCUUUAAGCUUACUAGAGAAAAACUUUUAAUAUGCUUUCUCAUAAAUAACUAUACUGAAAAAUGGUAUUGAAAAAAAUCUGUGAGUGUGUGAACAUGUAAUAUCUAAUGUUGAAUUUUCUUCUGUUGUAUUUUGCACAGAAAAGCAUCUGCCUUAAAAUGUAUACACUUGUACAAAAAGGAAGUUGGGGAAAGUGGCUUAGUUUUGGUUUCUUGCUUUCUUUGCCCUGUUAACAUAUGGUGCCUUUUACAAAUGUGUAUUAAAGAUUAGCUGUGCCAUUAAAAGGCAAACCUAAAAUGGCAUAAUUUUUCAUUGUAUUGUUUGAAAGGUCUUUUAACUGGUUUUAACCAUUAAAAAUUCUGUUACCAAA